CUCGACGUUUCAAGUUGCCCGAGAACGAGUUCAGAACUGAACCAAAACCCUAGAGAAAACUCAAGAAGAAAAAGAAGAAGAAGAAGAAGCAGAAGACGGUUGCUAAUCGGAGAAAAUGGUGUUGAGACAGUUCUCCGAGAGAGUCGGUGAAGGUGCCGGACAACCACUUCUCGACGAAGACAACGGAGAGGAACUCAUGCACCUUCAACCUUCCGUCGCAAUUGUCCUUGGAAAUCGUGCUCCGGAUUCCCCCGGCACUCUCUACAUCACUUCUAAGAAAGUGGUGUGGUUAAGUGAUGUGGACAGGACGAAAGGUUAUGCUGUUGACUUCUUAUCGCUGUCUCUCCAUGCUGUAUCGACAGAUCCGGAGGCAUAUCCUUCUCCUUGCAUAUACACUCAGGGCAUUUCCCACUUUAACUCAUGGAACAACCUCACCCGCAGCACUUGUAGCAUUAUAGGUGGUUGGUCACUGCGCUUGUGGCCUUGUGGGAAGCAGAUGAACAAUGGAGCUAAAGCUCCAGAGGGAAGAGAUUCUGAGUGGCUAAUUUCUCGGGAUCAAAUGACAAUUGGUCAAUCAAAUGGUGAUCAUAACCUUUCUCGCUCAGUGCUAGAGCUGCAAAUCAAUGACGAGCGAUUUCAGGAUGCUGAGGAAAUGGACCAAGAAAGUGAGAGCAGCCAUCGGUGAGCUGCUCUCCUAAUUUAUUUUCGUAAAGGUAGGUUUGCUCUGUUUUGUACAUGAAACGGAAUCUGUGUUACUCGUUUUUGUAACUUAUCUAGGGUAGCGAGUCUUUUGAAGCUGUUUGUCAGGCCAAAUAUUGUUAAUUUAUGAGUUUUAGAUGUUUUAUAUUUAUGUUUUGGCUUAGAUAUUCCAAUCAAGAAUGCAAUUGAACAUGAUAAUUUUGAUUGGCUCUGAGGA